CUCGCGUCUGCGCAGAGCGCAGCAACACCGCGCGCGGGAAGCCGAGGCCGGUAUCUACCCGUUCCCGGCCUCUGGGACCCCGCGCCUCGGGCGGAGCCUGGGAGAGGAAGAGGAGGGCGGAGGAGUGGCUCUUCCCGCGCCCCCGCCAGAGCGAGGGGCGGGCGGCCGCGGAGUUGCGCGGGUCCACCCGCUACCUUCGGGGGCCUGCCCCGCCGUGGAGCGGCGGCCGGGACGGGACCGGGGAUCCGAGUCCCCGCGGCCGCGCUGGCCCGGGCGGCGCGGCGCAGCCCUUGCUUCCCUGCAGUCAAAGGAGACACUGCCAGAGGCCUCUGUUCAUAGAACCAGAGAUGGCAUCAGUGGACUUCAAGACCUACGUGGAUCAGGCUUGCAGAGCUGCGGAGGAGUUUGUCAAUGUCUACUAUACCACCAUGGAUAAGCGGCGGCGGCUGCUGUCCCGCCUGUACAUGGGCACAGCCACCCUCGUGUGGAAUGGAAAUGCUGUUUCCGGACAAGAGUCCUUGAGUGAGUUUUUUGAGAUGUUGCCUUCCAGUGAAUUCCAGAUCAAUGUGGUAGACUGUCAGCCUGUUCAUGAUGAAGCCACGCCAAGCCAGACCACAGUCCUUGUGGUGAUCUGUGGAACAGUGAAGUUUGAAGGCAACAAACAACGGGACUUCAACCAGAACUUCAUCCUGACCGCCCAGGCCUCACCCAGUAACACCGUAUGGAAGAUAGCAAGUGACUGCUUCCGGUUCCAGGACUGGGCCAGCUAGUAGGGGUGAGAAAGGCCUCCUGGCUUCAGCCGCAGCUCUGCAGAGACAUGCCAGUAUCAAAUCUCAGGUUGUGGGGAGCACAGGUUCAUUUCUGUCAUCACAGCGACAUGGCAGACUGUGCUGUGCUGAAGCUGAACUUUUGUGUGUGUUUGAGUCCUAGGAGCCCUUUGCUGGUUAUAUACUGAUUUGUCAUAGUUGCCUUUUAAAAGUAGUAAACUUUUCUAUUUUUCUACUUACCCAGUAGAGACCCUAAUUCUGGAAAUUCUGAGAAAUAAAUAAUAUAAAUGUUACUUCU